AUGUCGACCUCAACCACGACCACUCCGGUUAACAAGGAGCCAACUAACUCCUCUCCACCCUCCGCAUCUCUCUCCUCGACCUUCGAACCCUUAUCCUCUAGCGAGAUUCUAGAACGAGUGCCUAGUCCAGUCGUCCGGCUUGCAGCUGCAUUGGCUCCUUUCAUUCACGCUCUCAACCGUCUUCUAAGCUUGGCGACAUGGACAGGCGGCAAGAACUCCAAUUCAGGAUCGAUGCUCUUGCUUGUUUCCUUCUGGCUCGUCUGCGCUUUUGGGUAUGAGCUGCUGCGGUAUGCUCCUCAGGCGGUCAUCUUGGCUUGGAUAGGGUAUGCCCGGGUUAGAAGGCAGUUGGCGUUUGCUAAACCUCGUCAGCAUUCGUCUGUAAUGCUUUUGCACAAACAAGAUCUCGUUUCCGCUGCAACUCUCAAUGCAACGCUGCUCGAGCUGUGCCAGUUGGCAGACUUCUUUUCGAGUCUCAGGCGCAACCUGCUCGUCCCAGCAGUACAGUUGCUUUCGUGGGACCCUAGUCCGAUGAGCACCAAAGCUGUUGCUGCGUUCUUGAUCUUCACUUGGCCAAUUUGGUUGCUCGCUUUCCUGCCGUUGAGGGAGAGCGGUUUUCCUAGCUUGGUGCUGCCAGUAUCAGGUGCUGCCAUCCUGGCUUCUGUUUCCAGCUGGGCUGUAUUCUUCUGGCACCUUUUCUUGCGACUUGUAGGUGAACGGAAUGUUGCGACAUUUCACUCCAAAGCAGCUCCCAUCUACAUCCAGUACGAUCGCUUCUCUCACCUUCUAGCCAAAACACCACUUGCGAUCAUCUACUCCCACCUUGCAGCCCUAGCCUCCCGUGUCCGAUGGGAGCAAUGGACAGACUUCAACCUCACCUUGCUCCCGCCUUACCCGAUCGGAGCGCUCACCGUUCGCAGUCUCGUUUGCUUCGUGGGCACGCUUGCCCUCACGUGGUGCUCUCCCUGGUGUGCGCUUUUCAGGCAAGCUGUGUGGAAGAGUGCAACGAUUCGUCGUCUUGUUAGGGGAACUGGCCGCCUGUUGAGUGGUCAGAGCGCACCGGGGGAUGCAUACGGAAAGGGUAAUUUGGACGAUGAAUGGGCUCAUGGCCUCUAUCACGAAGAUGGAUCACCUUUGCCUCCAGCUGCUUCUCUCAAUCCCGCUGCUGCUGGUAAGAAGGUCGAUGCUAAAGGCAAAGGUGCCAAGGAGAAUGAGGAGAAAGUCGUUCGACACCAAGACGUUAUCUAUCAAUUCUCCAUCUUCGAGAAUCAGCGAUGGUGGGUGGGCCUUGAUUGGACAGCUGCCCUCUUGCCACAAGAACGUCCUUCUUGGUCUGACGAGAGCAAUAACCCCGUUUCUCCCCCCUCAUCCUUCAGUUUGCCCGCAACCAAAAUCUUGCUCACCCCCUCACCCACGCCUCAAGAGGCCAAAGCAUUCACCAGAAGAACAAUCAAAUGGCAGUGGCUGGAUGCAGAGUGGUCCAUUGCCGGCGUUUCAUGCCGUGGUUGCUACCCAAGCUCAACCGUGUAUCGGGCAAGUGCGAAAGAGGCAGCUACCAAACCAACCAAUGCUGUUGGCGAUAAAGAUGCGCUUACUGCCGCCAAACAAGGUUACCUAGGCGAUGCGCUUAAUCGUAUCAGGGCUCGUACCUCGGGUGAUGCUGGGCCAGAGAAGUUGGCCGAGGAGGAUAGCGUGGUGGCUGAUGUUGCAACUACCGCGCAUAGGUGCGGUAAGGAAGAAAGAGAGGAAGAAUGGGAUGUUGAUCGCGACGGAUGGCAGUAUGGUGAUAAUGCCUGGGAGAAGAUGAGUAAGAAGAGUCGGAUGGGAAGGUAUACUAGGAGGAGGAAAUGGGUUAGGAGAGCAGUCCUCGUCGAACUUGUCCAGUAUGGCAUUCAUCAUCCGACUCCCGCGAGCCCCUUGUCUUCGUCUUCGGGUAAUGCAGUGGAAGGAGAACAGGAGGAGGCAAAGUUGCAGCUAGGCAAUGUGGCAAGUGAUGAGAGUAACCUGGACCUCGUGCAUUCCGCUGUCAUUCCGGAAGUGGAUGAUGAUCUUGUCAUUGCUGCCGUGCGUCGUGAAGGGGAGCAGGGAGAGCCGGCUUGA